AUGAACGGGGCGGUAGCUCUACGGCGAGGGGCGGGGCUGAGCAUGGUAACGGCGACACCAAGAUUUGGGUGUGUGCGGCCCAUUUCGAAGGUCUGGGCUGCAGCAGAACGAUGGCAAGCAGGAAGAACAGCAGCGGUCAGAGGAGGAGGAGGAGGAGGAGGAGGAGGAGGAGGAGGUGCCGACGACGGCGGUCACGAACUAUCGACACAUGUUAGCUCGGACGGUGUAACUCCUAGGAUGGUAGACGUUGGCGACAAGGCGACGACGCGCAGAACAGCGACGGCGCGCAGCCGCAUCCGUCUCCCUCCGGACGUCACGUCCAAGAUGGAAACCGUGGGCGGAGAGGUGGUAGGCAAGAAGGGGCCCGUGUUCACGACGGCCAUAGUAGCCGGGGUGCAGGCGGCCAAGCGCACGAGCGAGCUGAUCCCGUUCUGCCACCCCCUGCCGAUAGAGGACUGCCGCGUGGAGCUGAGCCUGAAGCAGGGUGGGGAGAUCAUCGAGGUGGACUGCACCGUGCGCGUGACGCACAAGACCGGUGUGGAGAUGGAGGCCAUGAUGGGAGCGUCGGUGGCGGCGCUGACCGUGUACGACAUGCUGAAAGGGCUGUCGCACGACAUCGUAGUUGAAGACACGGCGCUCGUGUCCAAGACGGGUGGAAAGCGCGACUUUUCCAGGACUACGGGGGAGGAAGAGGCGGCCGAGCGGCGAUGA